AUGUCUCGACGAGAUUCCGCAGUGGACUUUUCCAGCCUGCUGAACCCAGAGGUUGCGGCGGAAAGGGAUCAGGUUUCGCCGCGGCAACAGCAACAGCAACAGAAACAGAACCAGCCAUCGUCACCCGAAGGCGACAUGGCCGCUGUCGGCCUUCUUCGCCCGAACGGGCCUCUGCCAGCGGGAUCACAACCCGCCGACCCACCUACAGAGCUUCCGCGGCCGUACAAGUGUACCAUGUGCGACAAGGCAUUUCACCGGCUAGAGCACCAGACUCGGCACAUCCGGACGCACACCGGAGAGAAGCCCCAUGCCUGCACGUUUCCCGGCUGCAGCAAGCGCUUUUCACGCUCUGACGAGCUGACGCGGCACUCGAGGAUACACAACAACCCCAACUCUAGGAGAGGCAACAAAAGCCACCCGCAACACGCUGGCAUGAUCCACCGGCUGCAGCCCGACGUUAUGGCGCCGCCCCCGGCGCCCAAAGUCAUCCGCUCGGCGCCUCCUACCGCCAUGUCGUCUCCGAACGUGUCGCCUCCGCACUACAGCUCUUACGGGCUCCCUCCACCAUUGAUCCUCAACAGCCCGUACAACCGCAGUUCCCUCGGCAGCCAAAGCGGGCCGGACAUGCUGACAAGAGCCGCCGUGCAGGCGGAACGGGAUAGCAUGCCUGGUCCCCACCAUUAUCCCCCAGCAAGGCAGCAUCCUCUCUACGUCGCCAGUCUGCAUUCGUCGCGAAGCCACCUGCCAGGCCUCGGGGCGUACCACAUGUCGCGCUCGCACUCGCACGACGACCAUGACGACCACUAUGCCCACACGUACAGGCAGCCAAAGAGAUCACGACCCAACUCACCUAAUUCGACAGCCCCUUCGUCCCCCACAUUUUCCCACAACUCACUGUCCCCUACCCCGGACCACACACCGCUCGCCACGCCAGCCCAUUCUCCCCGUCUCCGGCCAUACAGCGGCUGCGAACUGCCCCCAUUCCGCAACCUCUCCCUUGGACCUGCCCCAGCGCUGGCGCCGCUCGAGCCUCAGCCAGAGGGCCAGCUGUCGCUUAACGCACCUCCCCAACCGGCCCCCAGGAGCAACGGCAUCUCGCUCACCGACAUCAUCAGCCAGCCCGACAGCACGCAGCGGAAGUUGCCGGUUCCUAAAGUUGCCGUCCACGACCUACUGGGCCCGAGUGAUGGGUACGUGGCGAGUGGCCGAAGCUCAUCGUCGAACAGCAUCGCGGGAGGGGACCUAUACGACAGGCUGUGA